AUGGCAAAGAAGAAACAACCACAAACCGGCGAGGAAAAAAUCUCCCACAUCAUCAACGAUCCGCUCGACAAGAAGAUCGACGCCGCGAAAGCCUACCUCAUGGUGGCCCGCGAGCAAUCCUUCCGCAAGCUACAUCAAGAAGAUCCCGAGCGCGGCUACUGGCGCUUCGGCUUUGACACUCCGGACUGGUGGCCGCGAGACAUGGAGCGCGAGGUGUCGGGGCCGAGAAGAUACACACACCAGACGCGGCUCUGCAUUCUGCGAGCCAGCGAGAGAACUCCCUUCGCGAGGCGCAUGGCCGAGAUCACAAUCGACGACCUCAAGAACAAGACCGAGUUGGAGGAGGCGUCGCCCAGGCCCAAGACAACUUUUCUGGGUCCGAAAGACCAGCCCAUCCCGCGUGGACAAGAAGAAAAGGAGCCGCUGGGCAAGGCUUGCAUCAGAGAAGAAGCACUCAAGGACUUUCAACGACGGCUGGAUCUUGUCGAUGCUGGGGGCCCCGAGCCCGAGUUUUGA